GCUUUACGACACUGCCGCGAAGCGCCCGCCCCGCUUGGUGGCACCGCGGAAGCGGGGCGCGGCGGACCGGCGGGGGCAAAAUGUUCGGGGGCGCCGACGAGGAGGAUGCCGACUUCCUGUCUCCGACGGGAGGGGCCAGGCUGGCCUCUCUCUUUAGCAUGGACCAGCCAGCCUCGGGUACUGGGAAUGAAUUUUUCCAGUACACAGCACCGAAACAGCCUAAGAAAAGCCUACCGGUCACAGGUGCAGGCCCUCCGACACAGAAGCCUCCUCCGCCUGGCGGAGCACCCUCUGUCUUCAUAGCCGCAGCUGUCCAUGCCUAUCGAUUUACAAACGGGAGUUACGUGAAACAAGGCAAAUAUGGAGUGGCUGUGGUGGGGUGCCACGCAACCCAGGAGUACAGAAUCCUGCUUUAUCUAAACCAGCAACAGCAAAUCACCAGUGCAAGGAUCCAUCCCGGGUUUGUAUUUACGGUCCAACCCAACAACUACAGUACUUUUUAUGAUGAUCAGAGGCAGAAUUGGUCCGUCAUGUUCGAAUCGGAAAAAGCAGCAGUGGAUUUCGGGAAGCAGCUUUGCAUCGCCAAAUACAACAGCAGCCCUUCCCCGGAUUCGGUGGCGUGCCAGGAUCUGGUCAUCGGAGAGGGCCAAGGUGUGGAAGUCGGCGACGCGCUCGAAGUCGCCUUUACCGGCUGGCUCUUCCAGAACUCUGCGCUGGGGCAGGUGUUUGACUCCAACGUGAACAAGGAUAAGCUUCUCCGCCUGAAGCUGGGCUCGGGCAAAGUCAUAAAGGGCUGGGAAGAAGGGAUGCUUGGCCUGAAGAAAGGAAGCAAGCGCUUCCUGCUUGUCCCUCCGGCCCUGGCUUAUGGGCCUCAGGGAGUCGUGAACCGCAUUCCUCCAAACUCAACGCUGGCCUUCGAGGUGGACGUCAAGAGGGUGAGGUUGGCAAAGGAAGCUGCUUCUGACGGGCAGAACGUGGCCCCCAGGGACUCCCUCACCCCUUCCCCAGGACCAAACGCUGAACAUCCCAGUACGGACCCUGCAGGAUUGCCUCCCAGUACGCUCCCUCUGAAGCCUGGGGAGCCAGCUGUGCGGGCCAAAUCCAACUCUAUCAGCGAACAGCUAGCGAACCCCGAUGUGGCGAAAGCGAAGCUGAUUUCACGCAUGGCAAAGAUGGGGCAACCUAUGCUGCCUUUCCUUCCGGGCUCAGCUCCGGCCCAGCUGGACUCAAGUGACUCGGAGAUCGAGGACCCAAACACCUUGCGAGAAGCCGCUCAUCCGGUCGCAUCCUCUCCCCUGAAGCCACCCCCCCCAGCUGCUCUUCCUCCUAUAACAGCCCAAGUGCCCCAGCCAUCUGUUCCUGGACUGCAGGUGUCCUCAGCUGCUGUGAUGCCUGCGGCCUUGCACCCACAUCCAGCUCUUCCUGGGGCUGCUCAGAGCCUUCAGGCGUAUACAGGGAUGAACUAUGCCUACCUGCAAGGCCCAGCAGCAGCUUCCCAACUCCAGCCUAUUGGGGCGGUCUAUCCUGCUCCUUUCCAAGCAGCAGGCGAUAUUGGAUCUUUCUUAAUGACGGAAGCGAGGCAGCAGAACACCGAAAUCCGCCUGUCGGUGGGCAAAGUGGCUGACAAAAUAGACCAGCUAACUGCCAAGGUGGAGGAGAUGCAGAAGCAGAAUUCCACCCAAAGCUUGUUGCCAGGUAUCUCCUCUGUUACGAUGGAAACAACCAUGAUUAUGACCAACAUCCAGCGCAUCAUCCAGGAAAACGAGAGGCUGAAGCAAGAAGUCUUCGAGAAGAGCAGCCGCAUUGAGGGACAGAACGAGAAGAUCGGCGAACUGAUCCACCGCAAUCAGAGGUACGUGGAGCAAAGCAAUUUGCUGAUGGAGCAGAGGAACAAUUCUCUGCAAAUGAACACCGAGCAUUCUCAGGCAAGGGUCUUGCAUGCCGAGCAAGAAAAGUACAUGCUGCCACUGGAUCGGGGGUGGGAUCAGGUUAAGGUUGCCGAGGAGCUGGCCGCGGCCACGGCCCAAAUCUCCCGGCUUCAGCUGGAGCUGACUGGCCACCAGAAGAAGGAGAUGGACCUGCGCUCCCAGCUGAACGCUGCCCUGAAGGAGGCCGAGAGACACGCUGCCCAGCUUAACCAGUUGCAGGCCCAGCUGGCAGAGCUUCAGGAGUCCUCUGCAGAGGCCAAGAACAAAUUCCAGGUGGAGAAGCAGAGCCGUCAGCUGCUGGAUGGGAAGGUGACUGCCUUGGAGGAAGAGCUGGCUGACCUCCGGGUGGAGAAGGAGAACCUCGAGAAAAGCCUUUCUGAAAGAAAGAAGAAGUCUCUCCUCGAGAGGAAACAGGCCGAAGAAGAGGCGGAUGAGAUUCGCAGGUCUUGCCAGGAAGAGCUAGACAAACUCCGGCAGGUUCUGAAAAAGUCACGGGCCUCAACCGACCACAUUGCUUCGGAGCAGCUUUCCCUUCUGCAGGCAGAGCUGGAGUCCCAGUGGGAAGCCAAAUGCGAGCGCCUGCUGAGCUCGGCCAAGGAGCAACACGCCCGCCAGUUCCAGGAAGUGUGUGAGCAGCGGGAUGCCCAGCAGCAGAUGGUCUCCCGACUGGAAGAGAAGAUUUCUCUGCUCAAAGCCAGCAGGAGCUCAGCGGACAAAAGAUCCAUAGACCUGCGGGAACAAGUGGAAGAACUAGAGGCAGUUAAAGGCAAGUGCGCAGCCUUGCGGUCCCAGCUGACAGACCUCACUGCCCAUUACAAAGAGCGGAUCCAAGAGCUGGAGACGGGCAUCGACAGGACAGCUUCGGCUGAAGAGGUGAAAAAGAUCAUGAACAAAGUCUUCCAGUCCCUCCGAGGUCAAUUUGAGUUGGAGGAGUCCUACACUGGAAGGAUCGUGCUCAGUGUGGUCAUGAACACCAUCAAGACAGUCACUCUGCAGCUGCUGGAGAGGCCCGAAGAGAGCAGCAGUGAAGAGGAGGGACCACGGCAGCGAGGAAGCCCAGUGGCCGUUGACCGAGGGUGGCCGAGCAGUUCUGAUGAGCCACCAGCAGGGGCGUCAUCUGUUCUUUCAGAGGAAGACCCAGAUGGUUCUCCUCCUCGCUCUCUGGAAGGGAGCCAGGACGCCCAGGAGACAGGGCAUUCAGAGGCACUUGCUGAGUUGGCCCCUGCAUCCUCGGAUCCAGUCCCAAGACCUCCAGAGCUGGAGGUCUCUCCGUGGGAGGAGGAUAGGGAGGCGGCUGUGUCUGGACCACCAGAAGCACAUGCUUUGGGCGGUGGUGGUGCAGUGGAGGAUGUGCCUGCAGAUCCUGUUCCCUUGAAGCCAGCGGUUCAGGAGGCAGCCCCCGCACCAGACCCAGACAGGGAAGAGGACGCUUGCCCAGAUGUUCCUAUCCAGGAUCCCACCUCCUUGACCCUCCCAUCCAGCACAAUGGGAGAGAAGGCCCAAGCUGGGGAGCAACCACCACCAGCAUCUACCCCUCUGAAAGAGGAUUCCAGCACCCAUGAAGAUCCAGGGAAUUUGUUGAAAGCGACCAACUGCAAGCUGCCUGCCUCAGGAGGUCCAUUAGAAGAGGAGGAGGAGGAUGAAGAACUGGUGAGGCUUGGGGGCUGCAUGGGUGUGUAUCCAAAAAAACCUAGUGGGAAUCUCGAUCCAGCAAUUUGGGGUGCAGAUUAGAAUUGCACAUCUAGUUGGUUUGAGGGACUUCAUCAGGACUUCUUCCCGGAAUAGAGACCCAUGUUUCUCAACCUUGACAACUUUAAGUUGGGUGGACUCCAGCUCCCAGAAUUCCCCACAUCUUAAAGUUGCCAAGGUUGAGAAACCCUGAUAUAGACUG